AUUGCCAUGCUUAAAAAAGAGCUUGUUUUGGCGCCAAAUUUGUUUUUAUUUACCUAUUCUAGAUUUAUUUUGAAAUUUGUUUUUCGUUGUAAUUACAUAAUUCCUUUUAGUUUGUUUUGAGUCGUCGCCGAAAUAGUGAGUUAAUAAAACUCAAACAAAAAUAGCACCAUGGAUAGAUACGUAAUACGGGAACCUCGCAAUGCCACAGACUAUCCGCCAGGAAACCAAAUCCUAUCGUUUUCAGGAAACGUUGGAGGGAAUGCCAUUUCAGAUAAUGUUUAUUACGGACCGUACACGAUCAAUGAUUAUCCAGUCGGUCAAGGAAUUCCACGACCGGGAUUUAUUGGGCCUCAAAUAAUUAAUCCUCCGCAAGCAUUCUCUUCCCCGGCAAUCAAUCACGGAAUUGAUCAUAGACAAAUGUCCGGAAUUGAUCCUAGGUAUUUGGCGAACUACGCUGAUAGUGGUGCUCAUUUUAUAGUUUCAGGUCAUACGGUACAAAGCGAAAGAGGUCCAAUUCCUGCUUACGGUACAGAAUAUAAAUACCGUAACGUAACGGGACAAGAACGAUAUCAAUUGCACGAAGUUAUUGGAGGGCCGAAGCCAAGUGCCGGAUCAGAAAUGACCAGGCAACAGUUGAAGUUCAAACAAAUCGACGAUCAAAAAGCGAAAGAUUUGAAGAUGAUGAAACGAGAGAAUCAACAAGAAAUACGUCAAAACAUACCUGCAAAACAAGCAACUGAAAUAAACUCGCCGAAGGAAGAGCCACAGAAGAAAAUAAUGUCACGCUCCGACAAAUUACAAGCUCUAUACAAAAGCGGGCCCCGGGCUUUCUCCGGUCCUGUUGAAAAGGUGCUUAAAUGGCACAAAUCUCUUCAAGAUAUCGGAAUCUUGGUGUUUUAUGAAAUUGUCGCCAAAUGUGUAAGUAUAAGGCCCGGCGAAUAUAAUGCUAAAAACCUAGUCAUUAGAGACGAUAAUGGCCCGGCUAUGCAGAUCGUGUAUUACGAAACUGAUUUCUUACUACCUGAACUGAAUCCGCCCUGCACAGUAAGAGUGAUAGGCAAGAUGAUGCCCGGUGCGUGUAGACUGCACGCCUUCAACAUACGUCUGGCGACUGGAGACGACAUAGCGACGUUGUCGCGUCGUGCCGCUGUUGCAGCGCACCAUAUUGCCAAGCUGUGUAAAGAGAAUGCUAUCGCUUAAAUUUAAUAUCACUAAUUUAAACUAGGAAAUUCACUCUAAUAUGUUUUUUUUAUUGCCCCUGUAGGCAGACGGGCAUACGGCCCACCUGAUGGCGAGUGGUUACCGUCGCCCAUGUACUUCAGCAAUAACAGGGGAGAAGCCAAUCCGCUGCCUACCGUUAAGUACUCGUCACAAGUCUCGUUUGAAGAGGGAUAUGUCAUAGCGCUCGCGAAACACCGUGGAGGGGAGAUUAUUGAUUAUCACCAUCAAACAUUCAGAUGAUAACGUUUUUCGUCUCAAUUCAGUUAUUUUGUAGGAAAAUAAUAAUUUUAUAGACGGUACUCGGUACUUUAGAUAUGUAAAAAUACGAUUGUUUUUAUUGAUAUUCUCAUCAGUUCUAAUUAGUUUCAUCAGCCCCAGCCUUAAGUUAUGCUUCAAUAAAAUAUUUUUGAAUAACAUUAUUGUUAUUGUUUUAAAGCAAAUUUAUCAAUGGAAACAAGUAAGUGGACUCCAUAGCGUGUGGAACUGAAUUAUUUAAUAUUUAGUUUUUAAUUACUUUUCAUUAAUGUAAUAAUAAACAUUUCGUUUUACC